GCACGCACGCACGCACGCACGCACGCACGCACGCACGCACGCACGCACGCACGCACACACACACACACACACACACACACACACACACACACACACACACACACACACACACACACACACACAGGUACAGACAUGUAACACACUCAGCUGUUCUGUAUAAAAUACCAUCCCUGGGUGUAGAGAAAAACAGACUGACAGAGAGGAGGGAGAGACAGACUUCAUCACUGACUCCAGAUCUGAGGAGAAACUCAUCUGAAGAACCACUCACACAAAUGUAAAGAGGUGACUGUGACCUCCUCAGGCCAAUUGGCAGAACAGCCCGUGCGAUAACAGCCUGUCACCUGCAGGAACCUACCCAUGCCCAUGUAGUUUUUUUUGUGUGGCGGUAGAGGUAGAGAACUGAAGGGAUUGGCCGUUCACAGCUCCUGUCAGACCUGUACUUUGAUGAUUGAUUCUGCGCAUUCUAUGGGAAGGCGUGAGGGAAUGUCUCAUCUGACGAAAAGACGACGAGGACCCGCCCAGACCACACCUUGACUGUGAACUGCCCAGGGGGAGACAUCUCAUCAGUGAACAAUAGAGGGACACAUCUACUGAACUUUCAGCAUCUUUGCCGAACCUAGCAGGUGGAGCUGAACACUGGUUGAACCCAGGUGAUUCCGUGGUGGUCAAAAACUUCAGGAGAAAGAGUUGGAAGGACCCCCGUUGAUAUCAAGUUCUUCUCCCCCCCCACUGCGGUGAAGGUUGCUGAGAGAGAUACCUGGAUCCACGUGUCGCACUGCAGACGAGUUCCUGAUCCAGGAGAAGAUGAGGAUUCGCCAGUUCCGGUGCUGCCGUGUGGCCCUCCUCUGCAUUAGCACAGGAAUGCUAAUAGGAACAGUAGGCUGUCUUCUUGUGGGAAACCUGACAGAGGGUCAAAUGAGUCCUGAGCCAAAGGGGCAAACACAGGCCCGGAGCAGUGGCCUAGAAGUAGAUGGUCACCAUAGAAGGAGAGCCCUGCUGGGCCCUCACAACCAUGAGGACAAUUUGUUCUUAUCUAGAGCACAAAUGGUUGCCAACCUGACCUCCAAAGGAAAGGACUGUUGGGUGUGUGGGUUGAGUCCAUUGAAGGUAGGGGCAGGCCUCCCCCUUGUAGGAGUCCCGAUAGGGGUGAACUUCACUAUAGCAUUGGCAGGAAAAAUACCUUUUUAUACUAUGACCAACAAUGUUAAGGUAUAUAAUCAACACAAUAUAUUCUGUUAUGUGAGACCAGAUAAUGUUUCACUCCCACCCAUUUCAGUGGCUGGGGUGAUGACUGCCCCUUGGUGUAUUAGAGGAUAUGGAGAUCACUAUUUGGGUGAAUUCAAAUGUAAUUGUACAAUGAAUAUUAAUGGAUCAAAUGCUUGCAAUUUAAAGGUGAUACAGGAGAAUGGUCAGACUGAUAAGGAACCGUUUACAAUUUGGUUUGACAAACAUAGAACAACUCUGAGAGGAGCCCCUAAUGGCACCUACUGGUUGUGUGGUAAGACGGCUUACUAUAGCCUUCCCCUGAACUGGGGAGGUACUUGUACUGUUGGGUUUGUGGUGACAGCAAUGAGAACCGUUCCAAACAAUGACAAGAAUCUCAAGGCUCUCUUUAGACACUACAGACCUCCUGGAAUGAGGAGAGAUAAGAGGUCUCUGGCUGACGUCACUCACACUCAGGCACCUGCCUCCAGGUUCUUUGACGGGUUUUUCCCUGGGUAUGGAGUUGCAGGGGCCAUAGACCAAAUCCGUGAUAUCUCUAGACACAUAGAGAAAAUUGGCAAUGCAACUCGAAAUGCCCUCGAACAAUUGAACGGGGAACUAAAAGAAUUGGCUGAAUUGACUCUUCAAAACAGAGAGGCUCUUGACUAUCUUUUGGUAGCUCAAGGGGGCACUUGUGCGAUUAUUGGCGAUGAAUGUUGUACUUUUGUCCCAGGUCGCUCUUCUAAAAUGACUGAUAUUGCCGAAUACAUUGCCACUGUUGCUAAAAAUAAUUCCCCACAACUAGAGUGGACGCUUGCAACUUGGUUGGAAUCCCUGUUUGGAAGUUGGGGAUCACAAAUUGCCCAAUGGGCUGCAUUGUGUGUUUUUUGCUUAGUCUGCAUAAUUGUAUUAACAUGCUGUAAGGCUAUCUAACACGCUCUAAGGCUAUCUAACACGCUCUAAGGCUAUCUAACAUGCUGUAAGGCUAUCUAACAUGCUCUAAUGCUGUAAAGCUAUCUAACAUGCUGUAAGGCUAUCUAACAUGCUGUAAGGCUAUCUAACAUGCUGUAAGGCUAUCUAACAUGCUGUAAGGCUAUCUAACAUGCUGUAAGGCUAUCUAACAUGCUGUAAGGCUAUCUAACAUGCUGUAAGGCUAUCUAACAUGCUGUAAGGCUAUCUAACAUGCUGUAAGGCUAUCUAACAUGCUGUAAGGCUAUUCUCCCUGGCUAAUAAGGUCUCAGCAGAAAUCAUGUUUAAUGCUCUUCAAGAGGAUGGUGACGCUGGAGGAGCUUCCCUUUCCCCCCUGUAGAUAUAGACGAUGAGUAAUAACUGAAGCUGGAGGAGCUUCCCUUUCCCCCCUGUAGAUAUAGACGAUGAGUAAUAACUGAAGCUGGAGGAGCUUCCCUUUCCCCCUGUAGAUAUAGACAAUGAGUUAUAACUGAAGCUGGAGGAGCUUCCCUUUUCCCCCUGUAGAUAUAGACGAUGAGUAAUAACUGAAGCUGGAGGAGCUUCCCUUUCCCCCUGUAGAUAUAGACGAUGAGUAAUAACUGAGGGUUGUUUUUGUUUGACAAGUUUAGAAGGUUUAAAGUUGAGUUAAUCAUCUAUAUUAACACCAUUGUGGUAAGGGCUAUGGAAACAAUGGUUAAACAUUGAGCUAUAAAUACCUUGUGUAUGUGGGUGUAUUUUUUGAUAGAUUCACUCCCGUUGACAGAAGUAUAACCUUGACUGUAGAUUUUAGCUUAAUUAUGAUGAUAGUAUUUCCAUAAAUGAACUUAUGUAAUGAAGCAUGCGUGUACCUGUAUGAAAGGAAGGUCUUAAUUUAAACCAUUCUACUGCCAUGGUUUUACAAGUGUUAGACUUAUGGAAUACGGGUAAGUUAUCAUUUAGAUUGUACAACCCAGAAUGAAGGGUUUGAAAGGAUAAAGUGGCAUUUUACGAGUUGAUUUCAGUGUUUUGAUAGAACCUCCUUUGAUAGUUUAAAGCCAUAAUCUAACGCUCACCUUAACAUUUUACAAUAGUAAUAACUAUCACAGAGUAACUUAUCACAGAGUGAUAAGAGAAGGUGUGGUGGGAAAUGUUGUUGUCUGAAGAGAUAUUGCAUUGUACAUCUUGUGUUUGUUCUCUCUCACUAUAUUGCGGUUCAUGCAGGUGACUGUGACCUCCUCAGACCAAUCGGUAGAACAGCCCAGAAUAUUUUCUGGAAGUUAAGAUAGGAGACAUUUGGUUAAUUUGUUAUAAUUGUCUCAUUAAUAGAUUUUGUGAGAAAAAAAUAGGUCGUUGACAACGAUUUUUUAUGUCAUAGUUAUUGUUGACAAAAUGAACACUGUUUGGCAGGGCAUUAUUUUUUAUUUAUUUUAUUUUACUAGGCAAGUCAGUAAAGAACAAAUUCUUAUUUUCAUUAACUGCCUAGGAACACUGGGUUAACUGCCUUGUUCAGGGGCAGAAUGACAGAAUUUUACCUUGUCAGCUCAGGGAUUUGAUCUUGCAACCUUUCAGUUACAACUCAAACGCUCUAACCACUAGGGUACCUGCUACUGUUAACUUCUCUGGGGCAGGUGGGACGCGUCCCACGGGCCAAUAGCCAGGGAAAAUACAGCGAGCCAUAUUCAAAUAACAUGACAUAAAAAUCUAACUUUCAUUAAAUCACAUAUGUAAGAUACCAAAUUAUAGCUACUCUCGUUGUGUAUCCAGCCAACAUGUCAGAUAUCAAAAAAGCUUUUCGGCAAAAGCAUAAGAUGCUAUUAUCUGAUGAUAGCACAUCAGUAAACAACAGAGUAGCAUAUUUCAACACUGCAAGCACGACACAAAACGCAGAAAUAAAAUAUAAAUCAUGCCUUA